CCCUGCUAAUAAAAUUUAAAACCACCUCUCCCUCUCACUCUCUUUCCCUCUCUCACCUCCUUUAUUGCCUAGCUUAAAGAAACCCAAGCAGAUCUAAUAAAACCAGUGACCAGAACCACCUCCAUUCUCUCCCCCACUGAAGCCGGAGAGCAGAGGAAAACAAGAAAGAAAGAAAGAAAGUGACAGCGAGCACUGUUCUUCCUGAAGGCAAAAGAGAGGUAGGUACUAAGUUCCACCAUUCCUUGUAAUGUGAAGACACUGCCCCAAAGAUGCCUCUCUUCCCACUUGAAGCUUCUCAGAUUCCUUUGGCUUUUCCUUAGCCUUAUAUUCUCCUCUGUUCAACCUCUAAACCUCCAUUUCUCAGCUCAGUCCCCUGCAUCCAAAUCCCAAAAACCCAUGUCACACUGAAAAAAGUUCACCAAAACCACCACAAAAAAUGGUCCCUCUUCUUCUCCUCUUACUGUUCUCCCUUCUAUGUUCUUGUACUAGCACUAUCCACCAUGAUGCCUCAGUCCUGGCUUCUGUUAGAAAAAGCUUCCAUUCCACCAGCCCAGAAUUGAACACUUGGAACACUUCCAAUCUUGCCUCAGCCUGCACAUGGUUCGGAGUGCGGUGCGAGCGAGGCCGAGUCGUGGCCAUCGAUCUCUCCAACCUGAACAUAUCGGGCUCCAUUUCGCUCGAAAUCUCCGGCCUGGAAUCCCUUGUCAACCUCUCCCUUGCUGACAAUGAGCUUGAGGGGGAGAUCGAAGUGUCAAAUUUGCCAAGCCUUCGCUACCUUAACAUUUCUAUCAACCAGUUCAGCGGUUGGCUGGACUGGGACUACUGGAGCCUACCAAACUUGGAGGUGUUUGAUGCCUAUGACAACAACUUCACAGCACCAUUACCUCCCGGAGUUGCAAAUUUGAAGAGAAUCAAGUAUCUAGACCUCGGCGGUAACUUCUUCUAUGGAAGUAUCCCUCCAAGCUAUGGGAGCUUGCUCGAAUUGGAGUACCUUUCUCUCAAUGGCAAUGACCUCAGAGGGAGAAUUCCAGGUGAGUUAGGCAACCUCACAAGCUUGAAGCAGCUCUACUUGGGCUUCUACAAUGUAUUCGAAGGCGGCAUACCGACCGAGCUUGGGAAGCUGAUCAACUUAGUCCACCUCGAGCUCUCGAGCUGCAGCCUCGACGGCGAAAUCCCACAUCAACUUGGCAAUUUGAUCUCCCUUGACACGCUCUUCAUCCACACCAAUUUGUUAUCCGGGCCGAUCCCGGCGUCGCUCGGGAACCUCACAGGGCUGGCCCAGCUCGACCUCUCCAACAACGCCCUCACCGGAGAGAUACCCCACGAGCUCGCCUCGCUCAGUGGACUGAGCCUUCUGAACCUGUUCAUGAACAGACUGCAUGGCUCGAUUCCAGAGUUCGUCGCAGAGCUGCCGAAUUUGGACACUCUCCAACUCUUCAUGAACAACUUCACCGGCACCAUUCCGGAGAGGCUCGGCUCCAAUGGCCGGAUUCGGGUACUCGACCUUUCGUCGAACAAGCUCACCGGUACCAUUCCUGAUAAACUCUGCCCCUCGAACCAGCUCAAAGUCCUCAUUCUGCUGAAAAAUUUCUUGUUUGGUACGAUCCCAGAGAGCUUAGGCAAGUGUUCGAGCCUGACCAGAGUGAGACUAGCCCAGAAUUAUCUCAAUGGCACCAUUCCCUCAGGCUUCCUUUACUUGCCCCAGCUCAACCUACUAGAGCUCCAAAACAACUACCUCUCUGGUCCAAUCUCAGAGAAUUCCAACUCCACCCAUGGCCCAACGCAAUUGGCUCAGCUCAAUCUGUCAAACAACUUGCUCUCAGGACCCAUCCCACACUCCAUUUCAAACCUCUCUUCCCUCCAAGCUCUGCAACUAAAUGACAAUCGAUUUAGUGGCCUGAUUCCUAGUUCCAUCGGUGAACUCCGGCAGCUUGUGAAGCUCGAUCUCAGCCAGAAUGCUCUCUCCGGCCAAAUUCCACCGGAGAUCGGUAGUUGCACUCAAUUAACCUAUCUUGACCUUAGCCAAAACAACCUCUCCGGUCCAAUUCCACCAAAGAUCACCGGAAUUGGGAUAUUGAACUACCUGAACUUAUCAAGGAACCACCUCAAUGGCACAAUACCGAGGUCAAUCGGUGUGAUGAGAAGCCUCACGGUGGUCGAUUUCUCCUUCAACGACUUGUUUGGUAGGCUACCGGACGCCGGUCAGCUGGCCUACUUCAAUGCUUCUUCCUUUGCAGGCAACCCCCGGCUAUGUGGGCCGGUCCUCAACAACCCAUGCAAUUACACGACCGGCCCGGUCCAGUCCCGGCGCAUCCCGGGGGAUUUCAAGCUCGUGUUUGCACUGGGCCUUCUCCUAUGCUCCUUGGUCUUCGCGGCGGCCGCAAUCGUGCGGGCACGGUCGAACCGCCGCGCGUCCGACGGCGACACGUGGAGGCUGACGGCGUUCGGUCGGGCGGACUUCGGGGUGUCGGACGUUUUGGAGUGCAUGAAGGAUGCAAAUGUAAUCGGGCGUGGCGGGGCCGGUGUGGUGUACCUCGGGCACACCAGAACCGGCGAACAGAUCGCCGUUAAGAGGUUGAUGGGGUUCGGAUCCAGCGGCCAUGAUCACGGGUUCAGGGCUGAGAUCAGGACGCUGGGGAGCAUCAGACAUCGGAACAUCGUACGGCUUAUAGCCUUCUGUUCCAAUAGAGACACCAAUGUUUUGGUGUACGAGCACAUGAGCAACGGGAGCUUGGGGGAGGUGUUGCACGGGAAGGGAGGGGGGUUCUUGGGGUGGGACCGCAGGUACAGGAUAGCAGUGGAGGCUGCCAGGGGUCUAUGUUAUCUGCACCAUGAUUGUAGCCCUAUGAUAGUACACCGGGACGUGAAAAGCAAUAACAUCUUGCUAGGUGCGAAUUUCGAAGCACACGUUGCGGAUUUUGGGCUGGCCAAGUUCUUGCAGGAUGGGGGUGCGUCCGAGUGCAUGUCCGCCGUUGCUGGAUCCUACGGCUAUAUUGCUCCCGAAUAUGCUUAUACUCUUAAGGUAGAUGAGAAAAGUGAUGUGUACAGCUUUGGAGUGGUUCUUUUGGAGCUUAUCACUGGACGACGUCCAGUUGGAGAAUUUGGCAAUGGGGUGGACAUAGUACAGUGGGCCAAGAGGAUCACUAAUUGUAACAGAGAUAAUGUUGCUACAAUCAUAGACUCAAGGCUAAGCACAGUGCCUAUAAACGAGGUGAUGCAUGUCUUCUUUGUUGCAAUGCUAUGUGUCCAAGAAAAUAGUGUUGAAAGACCAACAAUGAGGGAAGUGGUCCAGAUGUUAUCUGAAUUUUCUUAUCAUGUCGUAGAAGAUCAAUCUCCUUCCUCCUCGGCUCCUCCUAGAAAAGAAGACAGCCCCAACAAGGAGACCAAUUGUUACAAGCUCUUUCCAGAUCUCUUAACCUGAUGACUAUGGGUUGUCACACUGUGGAUAUUACUUACACCAAUGAUGCUGAAUUUGGAGUUUAUAAUAUAGCCUUGUAGUUCACCCCCAAGUUAUUUCCUCUUUGUAUGUCUAAGGUUUGAAUGGAAGUUGUUGGGUAGGAAGAAUGGUAAGAGUAACAUAGAUUCUUUUCUUUUUGAGAAGUGUAUAGGGUCAUGUUCUUUAAUCUAGUGUUGCAUGGCUAAUGUUGUCAUGCGGCUCUAUGUGGUCCAUGUAUUAUAGUUCUCCAUCAUGGCAUUUUGCUUUUGCAA